CGCCUCCCUCCGCCCCACUCUUUUUCUUUGGAUGCUCUCGCGGUGAACGUUGUAGCCAAUGCCGACCUCGGCCGCCGCCGCCGCGAACCGCCUCCACGAGAUCCUUCCGUCUAAGUCCGUGGCGCCUCCUCCCGACUCCGAUCUCCGUCCUCCACGAAAGCCCCACCCCCGCCGCCGGAUCCGCGGCCCCGCAUUCCCAGGCGCCGCCGCCGCAGUGUCUCGGCCCAGGAAGGGCGGAUCCACCUCCGGGGGAAGGAGGAGUGGCCCCAGCACCCCCCUGCUUCGAUGGAAGUUCAACGAGAAGGCCGCUUCUCAGGCCGGGCGGAAGGUUGAGGAUGUCACGGUCGGAGAGGUGGCGCCGCCUCCCCUGCUUCCUCGGAUCUCUGCGAGGAAGCUAGCCGCUGGGAUCUGGAGUCUACGGCCUCUAGACGCUGAUGCCUCUGCCGGAUGCGGUGGCAGAGAAGGUCCCCGAGCUCCCCCUGGCCGUGAGCCUAUCUCUUGUCAUCAAAAAGUUCAGCUGCUUUACAAUCCCCUUAGCACUGACCUCCAUACUAAGAAGAGCAAGAAGCAUGAAUUUGAAAGUCCUGUCUCCGUCUUAAGUCCUCAAUAUGGUGAACUCCACAAGUUUGCUGGUUUUCCUACUUCUGCAAUGGAGAAGGCAACUAAAUGGGAUCCUGGGAGCUCAAUGACAUCAGAAGAGGUUUACAGAUUCUACAGUCACUUGAAGCUUCUUGAAGACCAGGAGCUGAACACUGUCUCUGUUGUCUCUUCACUCAGGGCUGAGCUUGAAAAGGCUCAUGCUCACAUUAGUGAGCUCGAGACAGAACGGAGAACUGCAAAGAAAAAGCUGGACCAGUUCUUGAAAAGACUUGCAGAGGAGAAGGCAACAUGGCGGAGCAGAGAACACGAGAAGGUACGUGCUGUAAUUGAGGCAAUUAAGGCUGACCUUGAUAGAGAGAGGAAGAAGCGGCAGAGGAUAGAGAUUGUUCAUUCCAAGCUUGUCAAUGAGCUUGCUGAGGCCAAAAUGACUGCAAAGAAGCUCUUGCAGGAUUAUGAGAAUGAAUGCAAAGCUCGUGUGCUCGUUGAGGAGGUCUGUGAUGAGCUUGCGAAAGAGAUUGGGGAAGACAAAGCAGAAAUUGAGGCUCUCAAGGUUGAAGUAAUGAAGAUGAGAGAAGAAGUUGAAGAGGAGAAGAGGAUGCUGCAGAUGGCAGAAGUAUGGCGUGAAGAACGGGUUCAGAUGAAGUUAAUGGAUGCAAAAUUAACUCUCGGGGAAAAGUAUUCACAGAUGAGGGAGCUAAAAGCAGAGGUAGAUGCAUUUUUAGCUGCAAAGAAAGCUGAAGAUAUGGAUGUGGCAGUAUCGAGAGAGGCUGAGUUACUCAAAGACAAAAUAAACUCUGUUAAUGUUGAGGCCAUAAAGGAAUUCACUUACCAGCCACCACCUGAUUCUGAAGACAUCUAUUCUGUCUUUGAAGAACUCCAGUCAAGACAAGAAACUAACGAGAGAGACAUUCAACCUUGCUGUGGUCACAGCCCCAGAAGUCAUACCUCAAAGAUUAACACUAGCAGUCCCGAGACAGAUGUCUUUCUUGAGCAUCCCAUAAAACACCAUGUACAUGAGUUCAUAGAUAGCAAUGACGAUGCGGAAGAAGACAGUGACUGGGAAGCAGUUAGUCACGCUGAGGAACAAGGCUCCAGCAAUACUCUCGAUGGUAGUGAACAAUAUGUUAAUGGUUACUGCAAGGAAACUCAUGCUUCACCAAAUGAAGCCAACCGGAAGGAAAGUGGGGACAACAAACUAAACACUGAAACCAUAGAAGUUUGUUCUACAAACGCAAAUUUAAGGAAAAAGGUGUCUUCACUGUAUAGGCUAUGGAGAUCGGCAACACAUGAUAACGUAGAAGAUCUCAAGAAAACAUCGGUUGAGGUAAAACCUGGGAGAAUGUCAUUGUCAGAUGGGAGGCUUUCCAAUGGCACACUCACUUCAAAUAAUGACGAAGAGUUAAAGAAGCAUUCUGUCGAGCAUGCUAACGGAUGGCUAUCAAAUGGAACCCUAUCUUCUGAUUUAGGAUUAGGCGAAACUGGAUUCAGCCCAGGGAGCAUAGGACAGUGGAGCUCACCUGACUCGUUGAAUCCUUAUAUUGCUCGAGGAAUGAAAGGGUGCAUUGAGUGGCCACUGGGUAAUCAGAAGCAAAGUUUAAAGGCAAAGCUUAUGGAGGCUAGAAUGGAGAGUCAAAAGGUUCAGUUGCGUCAUGUCCUUAAACAGAAAAUUUAGCUCAUCAAUGAAAAUAUCUGUAGCGCAACAAGGUGAGCACAUUCUUAGACUGCAAGAAAUGAAUGUUCCUUUGUUGAAGAUGUUUCUGGCGUUACACUUCCAUCAAUAAAGCAUUCGAUACAUUGUUCUCAGAGGCUACUACAUUUGAACCUUCUGAUAAGCAACUUUAGUAUCAAUCUAUUUUUGAACUUUGUACUCUAGUCUACUGUAAAUGCUAUUAGACAACUAAAUUUUCUGUCAAUGCAAUAAUACACUGCUGUUGCUACUUGUA